UAUUGUGAUUUCAUGUAGGCCACACAUCACUGUGACUUUUUUUUUACUUACUUAAACCAAAUAAAAUGAUUUUAUGGAUACUGUUUUAUUUUAUAAUUUCAGUGGAUUGUCAAGAUUUUUGUAAUAUUGUAAACUAUGCCCUACCAUGUAAAUACGCGUGCCGCUGUAAAGGAUCAUGUGACUCUAAAGGAAACUGUCUAGGAUCGUCCUGCAGUGAUGGAUGGUUUGGUUUAGCCUGUCAGUACAAUGAUCUUGUAAUUGAUGCAAAGAUAGAGCCACCAAGUGGUGAAACCUUAAGGUCUAACUCAUCAAGACAAGAUUGUAGUCUACGUUUACUUCUUCAUUAUGUCUUAUUCACUUGGAGUGAACCACAAACAUUUACCUGGUUAAGGGUGAAUGUAAUAAACAAAUCUUCUUUCAGAAACAUAACCCUCAGCUUAAACAAUGCACUAUGUCAGAAUGCAAGAUUAAUUUCUGUAGACGAAACAACACUUGACAUAUUUUGUGACAACAAUGUUGCAAUGACAACAUUAAAACUUGAAGGAAAUAGUGUAGAAUCUAUAUGCACCAUUUUUAUAAGCGGAGGUCGUAAUUUUGCACUUUUUCAAAAGACUUCCCAAUCAUCGACGUUUCACUCAGAUGACUCAAAAUACGCUGUUGAUGGAAAGAUUUUAGUUUCUUGUUACGGUGGACGUUGUAGUCAUACCAACAUAGGUGAUAUAACUCCAUACUGGACAGUGAAUUUCGGUCAAGAAUACAAUAUAAAAAAAUGUGUUUUAUAUAACAGAAUCGAUUCUGAAAAAGAAAGGUUGAAAGGUUUCCUUCUGGAAAUGCUAGACGACAACAACCUGACCAUAUUUACUUACCAAAAUGCUUCUGAACCAACAAAACUUGUUUACACAGUAUUAAACUUGAACGGCAGUUCUGUCGCUGGUGUUAGAAUUAGCCAGACGAAUAAAUUUAACCAGGAUGCAACACCGUUCGUUUGCUUAAAUGAAUUUGAAGCCUAUGGAGAUUGUCUCCCUGGAUUUUGGGGUUUAGAGUGUAAAAAACUGUGUCCAGAAUCCUGUAAAUCAUCCUGUCAUGUACAACUCGGAACAUGCAAUACCAUUUGCAACGGCAAAUCAGAUCCACCACUAUGUUCUAUUGAAUGUGCCUCUACUAAAUGGGGACCUAAUUGUUUGAAUAACUGCAACGCUUCUUGUUACAACUCAUCUUGUGAUAAAUUAACUGGCUUGUGUUCAACUGGAUGCAUCGGGUAUCAAGACUUUCCUCAUUGCACUGCAACAUGUAGUAAAAGCUUUUACGGUUUAAAUUGUACCAAGAUGUGUCCCUUUAAUUGUGUAGACAACAGUUGCGACGCUAUCACUGGGGAAUGUUUUAGUUGCAAGCCAGGCUACACAGGGAUUUAUUGCAAUAAUCCGUGUAGCGUAACACAUUUCGGUUCCAACUGCAGAGAAACCUGUUCUGCGCAAUGUUCUCAAAAUGUUUGUGAUCCUCAAACUGGAAGAUGUUUGACCUGCAUACCAGGUUAUAAAGGAGAAUUUUGUAACAUCAUUUGUGAUUCUAAAUACUAUGGUCAAAAUUGCUCCAACAUCUGUAGUACUUCAUGUGUUGAUCAAACUUGUGACCGUUAUGACGGACAUUGUUUGCGUUGUAACAAAACAAUGUAUGGGAGACAGUGUCUUGAAAAAUGUUCUAGUCGUUGCCUGAAUGACUCAUGUGACGUAAGUACUGGUAAAUGUCUGGCCUGUAAGCCUGACUAUGUCGGAGAUUUUUGUGACAGAAAUCCAAUGGACGUAUAUGUUGCUGUUGGCAUUGCAGUUGGUGCAGCUACUGUUGUAGUUUUGUUGAUAAUGGCUGGUACAGUUGCUUACAAGAGACGAGUCCAACCAACAAAGCUAAAAUCUGAUGCUGGUAUUGAUAAUGUCGCAAAGUCUCAAGAAAAUGAUCAUUAUGAAAGUAUUCAAAAUAUAGACAGAAAUGAUUCUAUUUCCAUACAUGAUCAUUAUGACAUAGAUUCGAGCGAAAGUGACGGGAAACAGAAAGAGAACGAAAGUCAAUAUGAGACUGUCUCAAGUCAAAACCCAUACGACAAGUUAUCCUCAGAUGUUGAUGAGACCAGCAAUGCACAAUAUGAGAAAGUGGCAAGCCCCAAUCAGUAUGAAAAUUUUUCCAGAAAAAAACAAUUGGGGCAUUUUGCCAUCAAUGACAAAUGAUAAAAAGAUGGUCUCUCGAUUUUUUUAAACACAAAACGCUCUCAAAGAUUUUUUGUUAAUCAUGCACAUAGAUAUAUAAAAAGUGUGUUAAGCACAUCUUUCAUAGUCUAAAAAGAACUACACAAUCAUUACCUAUGAACUAAAAAUGAUUGCAAACUCAAAAAUUUGCUUUGAAAAUGCCUUGCGCUCCCGCGAAAAGCACUGCAAUUGUUAUUUAUUUUGCACAAUAUACUUGAUAACAACUUAGAAUGUACACUCUUAAUAUAUGUGCGCGUUGGCCUAGUGGCAGUCCUAGGCAUCAUAACUGAUAGCCACAGGUUUUCUUGUAAAGACUGGGAGGUCCUUGAGUCAAUUCUCAUUUAAUGGCUAAAGUAAAGGCUUUGUGAUGGUUACAUGACACCUUCGUAAACCAUUUGCCAUCAAAACGGAAGUGCUUUAUAUAUAAUUUGCUCAUCGGGUACUUUUGUUUUAUUUUAUAUUUUCAAUAUUGAAUUAAGAAGUAUUUUUAAUGUAAGCGAUGUACAAAUCAAGAACUUUUUAUUACAGAAGAGAAGCUCAUACACAAACUUAUACUUUCAAUAUAAAACAAACACACUCGAUUUGUGCA